UGUUUCAAUGAAGCACUACCAAGCCAAUCUUCAUGAUCAUGAGGUUCCCUCUGGGAAAUACCAGGCACUUAUACUAAAGACACCCAGAAAAAUCGUUCUUCUAGUCUUUGCCCUACUUCUUCUUACAAUAAUCCCAUUCUACUAUCGUAGCAGUUCUAUUUUCCUUACCAAAACCAUUCCAAACCCACCAUCAUCACUACCCUUUUCUCCACUAAAGGAUGAAGAAGCUCACGAGGAGUUGCCAACGAUAACCAAUAAUCUCGAGUGUGACAUAUUCACCGGAGAAUGGAUUCCAAAUCCAGAGGCUCCAUAUUACACAAACACGACGUGCUGGGCGAUUCACGAGCAUCAGAACUGCCAGAAAUAUGGAAGACCUGACUCAGAGUUCAUGAAAUGGAAGUGGAAGCCCGACGGGUGUGAACUGCCCGUUUUCAACCCGGCUCAGUUCCUGGAAUUGCUCAGAGGGAAAUCCUUAGCCUUCGUCGGAGAUUCUGUGGGUAGAAAUCAAAUGCAGUCACUGAUAUGCCUUCUUUCUAGGGUGGAAUAUCCAAUAGAUGUUUCAUACACAAAGGAUGAGAAGUACAAACGCUGGAAAUACACAUCCUACAACUUCACCAUGGCCUCAUACUGGACGCCGCAUUUGAUCAAAUCCAAAGAAGAAGACAUUCAUGGUCCAACCAACACUGGCAUUUUCGGUCUAUACCUCGACGAAUUCGACGAGGCAUGGACAACCCAAGUUGAGGACUUUGAUUACCUCAUUGUUUCCGCAGGGCAUUGGUUCAUGCGAUCCAUGGUGUUCCAUGAAAAUAACAAAAUCGCAGGUUGCCACUAUUGCCUCCUUGACAAUGUGACUGACGUCGGAAUGUACUACGGCUACCGAAAGGCGUUUAGGACAGCUUUCAAGGCCAUCAACAGCAUGAAAAAUUUCAAGGGAAUAACAUACCUUAGGACUUUUGCACCAUCACAUUUCGAGGGUGGGAUGUGGAACAAAGGAGGAGAUUGUGUGAGAACGAAGCCGUUUAAGAGCAAUGAGACCCAAUUGGAGGGUGUGAGUUUGGAGUUUUAUAUGAUUCAGUUAGAGGAGUUUAGGGCAGCUGAGAAGGAAGGGAGAAAGAAGGGGUUGAAAUAUAGGUUAUUGGACACAACACAAGCCAUGCUACUAAGGCCGGAUGGUCAUCCUAGUAGAUAUGGACAUUUGCCAGAAGAAAAUGUGACUUUGUAUAAUGACUGUGUGCAUUGGUGCUUGCCAGGACCUAUUGAUACUUGGAGUGAUUUCUUGCUUGAGAUGUUGAAGACGGAGGGUAUCAGAUCUGCUGAGGAGAAGCGGCAUUCAAGAGACAGAAGACUGCAUUGAUCGAAGCUGUCUUAUUUAAUUGGUUGCUUAAUUUGGUAUUAUUCAUAUGUUAUGAAGUUUUCUUUUGGUGUUGGGAGUUUGUUUAGUUAUGAUGUAAUUAGUGGCUACAAAAUAAAAUUUAAUUAAAUUAAUAUGAAAACCUUUAUUCU